AUGAUGGCAGUUCCAUCACGUUCAAAUUUUUUUCAUAAAAAUAUAAGUAAACAUGCAGUAUUUUCUGUUGAUCGAAGUAAGAAUCAAUUCUCGGAAGCGAUGUGUGUUAAAUCAUAUGGAACAAUUACUUUUCCUGAUAACAGGUCUCAUCAAGCAGAUUUUAUUCGUAUAUCAAAUAAGGCAUCUGUCAUGCAUGUGAAAGAAUUCUUGACUGGAGAAUGGUCUGGUGAACGCCCAUCACUUGUCAUAUCAAUAACCGGUGGUGCAAAAAAAUAUAAUAUGAAACCCAGAUUAUUAAGAGCAUUUCAACGUGGCCUUCUUAAAGUUGCUCGAACGACGGGUGCAUGGAUCAUUACUGGUGGUAUGAAUAGAGGUAUUAUGAAACUUGUUGGUGAAAUCGUUGAGACAAAUCCUGAUCGUUCUCGACCGAUUCAACUAAUCGGUAUUGCUACUUGGGGUUGUGUAUCCGGUUUUGAAGAACUUGAUGUACAAGGUUCGAUUGUACAUUAUGCUAAACCAUCUAGUGAGACAAAAGGUCAAGCACCAUUGGAACCAAAUCAUACUAAAUUUAUUUUUGUCGAUGAUGAAAGUAAAGGACAAUAUGGUGGAGAAAUAGCUUUUCGUGCUAAACUUGAAAAAGCUAUUUCUGGUGGCUUUUUUGCAUCCAAAACUACAACUAAUUCUAGUAAUCUAAAUGCAAGUCUAUCAAGAACUUCAUCUUUACAAUCGGAACAAUCAGAUUCUGUACCUGUUGUUCUUCUUGUUGUUGAAGGCGGUCCAAAUACAGUUCGAACAGUUCAUGAAGCUGUUGUUCAAAAUAAUAUUCCAGCUGUUUUUCUUGAAGGAACAGGUCGUUGUUGUGAUUUAUUUUCUAAAGCAUUUCAACUUUAUGAAGAAAAUCGUCAAAAAUUUGAACAUAUUGAUAAAACACGAAAACAUGUUGAUCGAAAUAUUAUAUCAAAACGUAAUGAAGAAUUAAAAAAUACACUUCGUGAACAACUUAAAGAUGAACUUCGUGGAAUUAGUGGAGAAACUGAUGCAUCAACUUCUAAUACUGAUAAAAUAUCACAUAAAACUACAACAACGACAGCAGCUGAUAAAACAGAUUAUUUUGAAUUAGUCUAUGAAUGUAUUGAUACUCGAAAAACUUAUUUGAAUAUAAUUAGUCUUAAUUCACGUGAUCCAGUUGAACCUGAUAUUGAUUUAGUUAUUUUACAAGCACUAUUAAAUGCUGCUUCUAUUAGUGAUAAUGGUAAAGUAAAUUUUCAACAAAAACGUGAACAACUUCGUUUAGCAUUAGAAUGGAAUCGUGUUGAUAUAGCUAGAAACUAUAUUAUGAAAGAUGUUCGAGAUUGGGAUAAUAUUGGUUUAAAGAAUUUAUUUGUAUUGGCACUUGAACGUAAUCAAAUAGAAUUUAUUAAAUUAUUUCUUGAACAUGAUUUUUCAUUAACGAAUUUAUUUGGAAAUAGUUAUGAACUUGCUAAUCUUUAUAUGUUUCCUAAGAAAGAAUCUCAUGAUGUUAGAAAACAUGCUCGUAAUUCAUUAUUAUCAAUAUAUACAAGAAUAAUUCAACCAUUAAUAGGUGAUUCUUUUAAUGUUGCUGCUGCAUUGUCAAUGAAAGAAUGGACAACAAAUUCUGAAUCAAUUCAGAAAAAUGACAAUGCAACAUGUACUUGUUGUCGACCAAAACAACAACAACAUACUCCUUCAAUUAGUGAUCAUAAUGAUAGUGAACAAUUCGAAAAGCACGAUAAUAGUUAUAAGAAAUUGGCUGUUGAUUUUGAAAAUUUAGCUGUACAAAUACUUGAUAAAUUUUAUCAAGUAAAUUCUCAAGCAUGUACAAAAGCAAUUAUACGACGAAUUCCAAUUUGGGGCAAUGCUACUUGGUUAGAUUUAGCUGUUGCAGCUGAUGCUAAAGAAUUUAUUGCUCGACGAGCUGUACAAGAUCUACUCAAUAAUAUUUGGUUUGGAUAUAUUGAUCAACGAACAUCUCAUAUGAAAAUUAUUUUUUCAACAUUGAUGAUUUGGUACAGUGGUUUUCUUCAUUAUAAUUAUGAAUUAGUUCAAGAAAUUGAUCAAACAACAUUUCUUGAUGAGGAAAAUAAGAAAUUAAAUUUAACUGAAUAUCAAACAUCAGAAAAAAAAUGGAUAGUUUAUAGGAAACGACCUGGCCUUAAACUAUAUUUUAUUAAUAUUACCAGAUUUUUACAUAGUCCAUACGUUAAAUAUCUUUAUAAUUUAUACUUUCAUAUGAUUUUUCUAUUAAUUUUCUCGUAUGUUAUAUUAUGUGAUUUUUUUCCACUCUAUGGUUUUCUAAUCGAUAUAUGUGUAUCAGCUAAUGAUUCACAAGAUCAUAAAGAAAAUUUUGCUGGCAAGAAUGAUAAUCAACCAAGUAUAAAUAAUUCGUUGAUUAGAAACGGAUAUAAUGCUAGUACAUCAGGUUCAUAUGGAUUUCAACAACAUAAACGACCGUCUGGUACUGAAUUCGUACUUCUCAUAUGGAUUUUUACAUUAGUUUGUGAAGAAAUUCGACAAUUAUUUUCAACGGAAGCACAAUCAAAACAAAAUGCUAUUAUAGCCUAUUUUAAAAUCUUUUGGAAUAAAUUAGAUGCUUUGGCUAUAGUUUUAUUUUUCAUUGGUUUUACACUUCGAUUUAUUCCAAUAGCAGAAUGUUAUUGUGCCGCACGUAUUGUUUUAUCAGUUGAUUUAACACUUUGGUUUAUACGUACAUUAGAUAUGUUUGCUGCUGUAAAACGUCUUGGACCUAAACUUAUUAUGAUUGGUGAAAUGGUAAAUGAUUUGAGAUUUUUCAUGACUAUGUUCAUUGUAUUUGUUUUGGCAUUUGGUGUAUCAUCAUAUAGUUUAAUACAUGGUAUACAAAAAUUUUCUUGGCAUUUACCACGUAAUAUUAUAAAUCAUGCUUAUUGGCAAAUAUUUGGUGAUUUGAAUACUUUAGAAACAUUUUCAAAUAAUUAUAAAGCAAAUGGUUAUGUUGCAUUUAUUUUAUUGGUUGCUUAUAUGGCUGUUGUUAGUAUACUCUUAGUCAAUCUACUUAUUGCUAUGUUCAGUAAUACAUUCAAUAAUUUACAAACUGAUACAGAUCGUAUCUGGAAAUUUCAACAUUAUGCAUUAGUAUGUGAAUAUUUAUCACGUCCAUCAUUACCACCACCUUUGAUUAUCUUUUGUCAUCUUUGGCGAUUAACCAUAUAUAUAGCAGCAAAAUAUUUUAAAUUAAAAUUUUUUCAAGACCAAUAUGAUAAACAUUUGAAACGAACUAAUUACAAAAUUUUACUGCAUGAAAAAAUUUCAAUAGGUAUUGAAUCAGCUGAAGACGCAUUUGGGGAUGAAGUUUAUUAUAAUUUUUUAAAAAUGAAUAGAAAAUCAGCUGAUGAAACUGGACUAGAUGAAGAACGAGUUCAAUUACCACAAGAAGAUGUGUCAAAUACAAUUCGAACGCUUCAAAAUCGUAUACAAAUAAUGAGUGAUCAACAAGCUCGUUUAUUUGAACAUAUUGACUGUUUAAUGGAUGGUUUAAAAAUCUCACGUAGUGAUUCUAUUAAAAUAUCUGAACAACAACAUUUUGAUCCUGAUGAGUCAUUUGAUGAAUCGAUCAAUAAUAUUGAAUAA